UCUUAUAAAUAUUUCUGAUACUGAGAUUCCGUAUGUGCAUGUUAUUGAUUACGAAAGUAUUUUGAAGGAUUCGCAACUAUGGUUUGGAGAUAUAUUCUUUAAUAGAGCUUCACAAUAUAUAGGCCCAGAAGUGCAUUUAGAGAAUGUUACUCGACUUCCUAAAAUACAAUAUAAAUUUUUCAAAGGUGAAAAUCGCAAUGAAAAAAUAUUAAGAGAAUUACGUCGUGAUUCCAUAAAAAAUGGAUUUCUUCACGCUUGGAGAGGAUAUGAUAAAUAUGCGUGGAGUUAUGAUGAAUUAUUACCGACAACAAAUAAAGGCAGAAAUAAUUUUAAUGGUUGGGGAGCAACGAUUGUUGAUUCAUUGGACACAAUGUGGAUUAUGGAUUUGAAAGAAGAGUUCAUGCAGUCUAGGGAUUUUGUUGAGUCUGUGAACUUUACACAAACUGAAGGUUAUGUAAAUGUGUUCGAGACUACGAUUCGCUACCUAGGAGGAUUAUUGAGUGCAUAUGAAUUAUCAAAUGAUCGGGUAUUUUUAGAGAAAGCACUAGAAUUAGGCAAUGCUCUGUUGCCUUCUUUUAAUAGUCCUACUGGAUUACCAUAUAACAAUUGGCACUUUACAAGACAAACUGGUAACAAUUUCAAUGCAUUACUGGCACAAGUUGGGACCUUACAAUUGGAAUUUACGAAAUUGUCACAAUUAACGGGUGAUAGCAAAUUUUUCUUAAAGGUUCAAAACAUAACAAAUCUUCUUGAUAACGCAAAGAAAGAAAUUCCUGGAUUAUAUCCCUUAUCAAUAAGUAUUGGGACGGGUAAAUUCUCAGGCGAUCACAUAUCGUUUGGAGCUGAUGGUGACAGUUUUUAUGAGGAGUAUAUACUCGUUGGAGGUGCAAUUGACCAAUAUCGGAGAAUGUACGUUGAAUCUAUUGAUAGCAUGCACACAUAUCUUAUUAAAGAUAGUAUAAUUAAAGAUCGACCAGAUUUGCUGUUCCUUGGUGGUUUACGUUAUAAUAAUUUUAUAAAUGAAAUGGAUCACUUGUCAUGUUUUGUUCCUGGCAUGCUUGCCAUUGGAUCGAAAAUUCUAGAUCGACCUAAUGAUCUUGAAACAGCCAUAAGAUUGGCAGAAACAUGUUAUUGGACUUAUAAUAUGACAUCUACUGGAAUUGGUCCAGAAAAGAUCUGGUUUAAUAGUUUUGAUACAUCGUCAAAUAAUCUCCCAAAAGGAUUAAAUAAAAUAAAUCCCACAUAUAUAUUGAGACCAGAAACUGUUGAAAGUUUGUUUAUUUUAUAUAGAAUAACAGGUGAUAAAAAAUAUCAAGAUAAAGCGUGGGAAAUAUGGCAGUCUAUUGAAAAAUGGUGUAAAACUUCUACAGCCUAUUCAGGUCUAAAUAAUGUAAACAGUGAACAUGCAAUCAUGAACAAUAAUAUGGAAAGGUAA